UUUCUAACGAGUUUAAUUAACUAUUCUGUUUUUAACCAGUUGUAUUUGCUCUAUACUAGGUAGCAGAUGAUUGCUGUGUUGAUCGAUCAAGCCGGCUAUUCGCCAUGUCUAACUGUCAUGGCGUAUAGAAAGCACGACUUCCUGUCCAUGCUAUAGGCGCAACACUGACAAUGGCAGGAACACUGGGUACCAUGAGCUGACAUGUUGGCUGCUGAUGCCCCGCAAAAAGAAAAACAGCUGUAAUGCAAGGAAGGUGCCGUUGCUGUUCAGGGAAUGUCCGCUGGAUGGCGCCAAACACCAGUAUGAAGCGCCGCUGCAGUCAGCAAGGAACCCUAAACAUGUUCCCUCUGUGCCAAUGGACCAAAACACGUUUGGGCUUCAGUGGGUAUCCCCUCAGUUUGACACGACAUUGGAGCUGCACUUUCCAGCACAGAGAAAAAAGCGCCACCAAUCCGGCAAUUCAUCACAUCACAGGAGCCUGCUGAACAGGAGCUCCGUCAUCAGAGCAAAGAAAACCAGUGUCUGCAAGUUUCCAGCGUUGGCCUUCAAAGACACCCUGACACCCCCCCAGUCAAAAAAGCGGAUGGGCAUUGCUGCUCCUCUCAGGAAGAACACAGACCAGAAUGGGGGGCUGCUAAAAGACAUGAGGGGUUUGGAGGACCUGCAAAUAGAGACACCCCAGAUAGAUCACCCCGCUGGGCACAACAUAUCCGACAAGACUGAUGGAAAGAACAGAUACCCAGUUGGGGGCAAGACCCCAAGGACAAGCAGCAGGUUUCCUGAUUUUGAUAAUGUGUUUACUCCACCUGAACUGCGCACGCCAGAUGCUGAUAACCACCCACACCAUGACGGGGUGAGAGGCAGUGAGGCUUGGCGUGACGUAGCCCUCCUUCUAGCCCCGACUCCCUCAGACACUCCCCCCCCAUCUGACACCCUGGUGCAGGACACUCCUGAGCAGCAGUAUGGGGUGAAGGUGACCUGGAGGAGGAGGAUGGAAGUUAUGAAAUUCCUGAAAGAUCGAGGAAAGCUGUCCAACAGGGAGAUACUAGUGAACAACUUGCAGGGGUGACAGAUAGUUUGUAUUUUUUAAGAUAGCUUUAAUUGGUCAUUUUUUGCCUUCAGUGCAAAACCUGAUUUAUCCAAGCUAGACCAGGAGAAUGUGUUGUUUAACUUGUACUCAGAGGAAGGGAUGUAAAUCAAAGGAAGGCUUUAUCAAUCAAGAAUAAAAUAUGUAAUAACACUCUUAACAAAGGAAGAUGAUGCUGUAUAAUACCAGCACUGUCUUAAACUGGUAUGUCCAGUUAUUCUGAGGUCACUAAUGCUUUGAAAUUGUGUUUAAUAAUGUUUAUCAAUAGUAAAAUAAUGCAAUUGAAUCUACCACCACUCCCAAACCAUUAAUCUGCUGGUCAACACAAAAUGGCAUAUCCACAAAUGUUUUGCCUUUGGUAUUUAUCUAUUAACUAUAAACAUUAUUAAAUAUUAUUAAUGGGUAAUGUCUAACCAAACCGCACACUGCCGUGUUGCACAAAAUGUACUGAUUCUGAUACAGUUUCUGGUAUGAAUACAUAUAUUUUGCAGUGCUGGAACGAACAUGGAGUAAACAACGCAUUUUUUGAAAAUAAUCCCUGCCAUUGCUGUGUCUUCACAAAUAAUCAGAGUAGUUUUUAACUUGAAUAAACACUUCAAAUAAAAUAAAUGUGGGAAACGGGUGUGUUGUACAAUGAAACAGCUGUUUUUUUUUUCUCUUAUUACAUUCCACUGAAGAAAAAUUAGGAUCACAUGAAAGAAAAUCAAAACAUUAAGGCGCUGACAGGACACGCCCCCCUGUUGCAGCAGCAGCAGCAGCCGGUCUCUGCUGCAAUAGAGUCUCACGCAGACAAAGCAAUUUCUGACAGAAACAACUCCUUUUUUUUGCCUUCGAAUACAUGUAAAAAACAAAAUCAUUCAGAUAUUUGUCCCAUUGCUAAUAGUUGGGGUCUUAAGCUGGAGGUGUGUACCUUUUAUGUGUUCAGUGCUGUUGCUGUGUUUGUUAUUAUGAAACUUUUCAGUGUAACCAUGUGGCAUAUAAUGCGUUUCGGUUGGAGGUUUCACGAUUGAAUCAAAUUGAAUAUGAAUUUAAAAAAAAUGAAUAAUUGUAUUUAUCCUUCUUUUUGUGCUCGUGCUGAAUUGCUAGCAUGGGUAUAUUCUUUUAAAAUGAUAGCACAAGCAGAGACAGUGGAAGCUUACCUGUUACAUACCAAGCAUUCCACUGCUUCUCUGUUUGAGAUGAGAUAAUCCAGUUUAAACCUUUUCCGAUUGUACUUCAUUGGUUGUAUCAUCUCGACUGGAAUAAAUGCCAAGUGUGGUUUUACAGACCCUGGUUAGCCCCAGUGUCUUCCUGAAUCGAGGUUACUCAAAUUAAAGACCAAGUGCCUUCAGUUUCAUUUUUUUAUGAUGUUUCCAAUUAUUCUGAAUGGCUCCUAUUGCAUUGCCUCAAAUACUAUUAUUUCUUUCUAUUCUUUUGGAAAUUCUGUGUUAAGGUUCAUCUGAGCUUAACUGCUGCAGCCUAGUCUGGAUUAGACAGUGUCUUAAUAGAUGUAAGAGAAAGCCAUAUCUAGUGAUCUUCACUUAAUAAACAAGUUUCAUUUAGUUUUGCUGACAAUACUCACCUGGGACUUGCUAAUAUAAUGCAGUUUAGCUGAUGCAGCCUACAUUACAUACCGUAUGCCUGUCAGGCAAUUAGAACUGAAGAGCAGCU